CUAUUACAAUCACUAUCGCGAACUCAUCGAGCGAUGAAGAAAUGGAUGUCAAAGAGUCUCCUCCUGUGAAGAAUCCUCACAUCAACUUUAGGUUGGCCUUUGAGAAGGCAAAUUGUUGCCAAGAAGCGAAGAAGCUAUUGAAAUCGUCACGUCCUCAGACUAUCAGUGGUGUCUACGGUGGCACGGGAGUGUAAGUCCUUGCAGCAAUUGGCCGAGUUCAUAGUUUCACAGGUUCUGACAGUUCUUUCUACAGUCUGCAGUGGCAAGUCGUCGUUGUUGAAGCAGAAGAAGAAGAGCAAUCCAUAUCGGAAGAAGUCGCCGGCAAAGAAGAAGUUGCAGAAGCAACUGGGUUCACCCCGUCACACCACAUCUCCUGCUCGCCCCCACAACAGCCCAAAGUGGGAGGAGGAAGACAAGAAACAAGCGGCGAGCGACGCCGGGGACGAAGGCAAGGGACGUUUGGUCUUCAAUCCAAUUAAAGUAAAACCUUCCAAGUGGAUGGUUGUACUUGAGCCUGGCGCUCCCAUUGACUGGAGCUAUGAAGGGAGGCCGGCCCGUAGACUUGUAAUUGACAAAGCGGCCUAUGUCCAAGACGACGACGCUGAUGGUGACUCUGACAAUAACGCAGUGCCCGACGUGGACCACCCUCUGAGUAAGACAUUGCGACAGAUCCCUCCCGAUUCUAUCUACCUGUGGUGUAGCUACUGCGACCAUUGCCGAGAAGUCACUCCUAACUCAUUCAAGAAAGACAAGAAUAAGAAGCAGCGACACUCCCUCGAAGACAUUAUAUGCGGCGAACCGGACAAAAUGGGAAGAAGGCCGGUGAUACAAGAAUUGGACCAAAAAGCGGUUCGCGACACAGGCAAAUGGAAGAAGAUGCGAGGGCAUUGGUUUUCCUGUCUCCAGAAACGUUGGAUUGUCCACCAUCCAGAAGUAAGGGCAGUCUACGAAAAAGACAAAAUGGCCUUGGAGAAACACAUCGCUCCUCUUUUCAGAAACAGCAGGCGGAAGUAUUCCCAACUUGACACCGUCACCAGCGACGGCAAGGCGAACGGAGCCUUUUACAAGCGCCAGUCGAACAAGAAUCUCAAGGCCAGAGCCCAGAAAGAGUGGGAAGACAAAGCUCGCAGUACCUGGAUGAACGCAUCAACAAAUAAUGGUCACGACACUGCACGAUGAGGACGGCUAAGUAUUCUUGGAGAAGGAUUCCAAUCUUUUGUUGCGAUUGCAAAUAUCCUAACAAAGGCAAUAGAUAUGGAUGGAUGAAUGAGUUGAAUUAGUCUUAGCCAGCUAGCUAUAGCUAGUAGGCAGGGCUGUCUUGUACCAAUUUU